AACUACGAUCCAUAAAAGAAGCGACGCUUAAUGUUUAUGAAAAAUGUGAUUGAUAUAGUUUUUGCAGUUUGAUUUUAUCACUCGGAAAGCCAAAUUUUGAGAAAUCAAAAUGGCUGUCCAUUCUGCUCCUCCGAAAAGGAAGGAAAUCUACAAAUAUGAAGCUCCCUGGACUGUGUACAGCAUGAAUUGGAGUGUUCGUCCAGACAAGCGAUUUCGUUUAGCAUUGGGAAGUUUCAUCGAAGAAUACAAUAAUAAGGUUCAGAUUGUAUCAUUAGAUGAGGAAACAUCAGAAUUUACUGCUAAAAGUACCUUCGACCAUCCUUAUCCAACUACAAAAAUUAUGUGGAUACCGGAUAGUAAAGGAAUUUAUCCUGAUCUUCUCGCAACUAGUGGUGAUUAUCUUCGAAUCUGGAGAGCCAGUGACUCUGAAACUAGAUUGGAAUGCUUAUUAAACAAUAACAAGAAUUCUGAUUUUUGUGCUCCUCUGACUUCCUUUGACUGGAAUGAAAUAGAACCUAAUCUUUUAGGAACAUCAAGUAUUGAUACAACUUGCACCAUUUGGGGCUUAGAAACUGGUCAGGUACUUGGCAGGGUGAAUUUGGUGUCUGGUCACGUGAAGACACAAUUGAUUGCUCAUGAUAAGGAAGUUUAUGACAUUGCUUUCAGCAGGGGCGGAGGUGGAAAAGAUAUGUUUGGAAGUGUGGGUGCUGACGGGUCAGUCAGAAUGUUUGAUUUAAGGCACUUGGAGCAUUCAACAAUAAUUUACGAAGAUCCACAGCAUCAUCCAUUAUUACGGUUGGCUUGGAACAAACAGGACCCUAACUAUUUGGCAACAUUUGCAAUGGAUGCUUCAGAGGUGAUCAUUUUGGAUGUGCGCUCUCCUUGUGCUCCUGUGGCUCGUCUUAAUAAUCAUCGUGCUUGUGUCAAUGGUAUAGCUUGGGCACCCCAUUCAGCCUGUCAUAUAUGCACUGCAGCUGAUGAUCAUCAAGCUCUAAUAUGGGACAUACAACAAAUGCCAAGAGCUAUUGAAGAUCCAAUACUAGCAUAUACGGCUGAAGGCGAAAUUAAUCAAAUACAGUGGGCUUGCACGCAGCCUGACUGGAUCGCUAUCUGCUACAACAGUUGCCUUGAGAUUCUUAGGGUAUAGGAAUCGUGAUAUUAGGAAAUAAUUGAAUAUUAAGGAAUUUCGCGGAACAAAUCACCUUUUGGCGUGUCGAAAGGUGACCUGUUUCACUUUUCCUUGCAUUUAGUGUUUAUGUUCUCUUCUAAUUCACAUCACACGUUUAGGAAUCGGGUUGAAACUUGUUCUGAUUAUUUAUUGCA